UUUCAGUCUCAGAGUCCACUCUUCACCAGCUCCCGUAGAGUUAUGGCAGAAAUCAGCAAAACUGAAAAAGUUCAGCUUUACGCCCCGUCUCUGGAUGAGCUGCGAGGAGUACUACAGGCUGGGCUGGAGGGCAAUUUUGCAGAAGUUCAGGUGAGUGUUGUGGAGUGUCCAGAUCUGACCAAGGAGCCCUUCCAGUUUCCUGUCAAAGGCCUGUGUGGAAAUCCUCGAAUUACUGAUGUCGGGGGCGUACCCUAUUUAGUCCCUUUGGUUAAAAAGCACAAAGAGUACAACAUGAACACUGUAUCGAAGGAGCUGGAGUUGCCAGGAGCUUUCAUCCUCGGUGCAGCAGCUGCCCCAUCCAGAAUCAUUGGGAUGAAUGCAGAGCUGAUGCCUCUAGUUCUGACUGAAGCAGAAGGAAGACCGGCGGUGAACUGCAGCUACUUCGCCUCGGUCAACCCGGAUGAUGGUCGGUGUCUGCAGGAAAAAUAUGGCGACAAAUUCUCAGACUGCAGCUUUGGGCUGCUGGGGAAUCUGUAUGCCUGUGAAGGGAAGCCUGGAAAGGUCAUCGAGGUGCGAGCCAAAAGGAGGACGGGAAGCAACAGUCUAGUAACGGCCCUGAGAACGACUCUGGAAGCUCACUACCCUGAGAAAAGUCUCGCCCUUGGAGGCACUUUCAUCAUCCAGAAAGGGAAGGCUAAGAUCCACAUCAUGCCAAGAGAGUUCUCGGCGUGCCCCCUCAACACCAACGAUGACGUCAACAGCUGGCUGAAGCACUUCGAGGUCAGCGCUCCGCUCAUCUGCCAGUCUGUGCUCGUGUCCCGAGACCCUGGCUUGGACCUGCGUGUGGAGCACACCCACUGCUUCAGCCACCACGGUGAAGGCGGUCACUACUACAUCGACACGACGCCCGACAGCGUGGAGUACUUGGGCUACUUCGUGCCUGCAGAGUUCGUGUAUCGCAUCGACAGGCCCGACGAGACGCACGCUGUCGGGCGGGACUGAAAACCUUAAAUC